GGAAUGGUCGGACUCGGCCGAGCUGCCGAUGCCGCUUUCCCUCUUCGCCCCUUGUCGCUAACAGCUGACUGGCUUCCACGUAGAAACUAGAAACGUGCCAACCAUACGAUUCUUUGGUCCGUGGUGUAAUGAGCGAUAUAUGUGUAUGACGGUGCCGGGACUGCCGGCGGCGUGUCACGCCACACCAUAGUCGCCAGGAGGCCGCGUAAAGUCGGUCGAGCCGGAUGAGCGCCGGUGCCCAUCGCGUAUGAGUGCGACGGUGACGCGGCCGCGCGACACCCCCCCGAGGUCCGAAGUUCGACGACGAGGGUCCGCGGUCCGCUCCGCCUCCAGUCGGCACGGCUGGCCACGACUGGACGGUCUGGACGUCGUCGCGGCGCCCGUUAUCGUUAUCCCUUCCGUUUCUUUUCCUUUGCGUUCUUUCCCCCUCCCCCCUUUUCCUCCCGAACCCGUCCGCGAGAUCCCGAGUCGCCGGACACCGCGGGCUCCGCGAGUGGAGAGUGCUCGACUCGGAGUGGCCCGGGUUACCACGCGUUCGCGACCGUGAGCUCCUCGCCGAUGUGAGUCCAGCCCGCGCGGUUUCGGCUGGUCAGGUUCUCUCUUCUUACGUACUUUCCUCGCGCGGGACACGCGGAGUGCGCGGCGGAGGAUCCAGCGAUGUCGGCCGUCGCGCGGAACCGAUUCCUGUCGGCGCUCAGCGUCGCGCGGCGCCUCGCCGGCGCCGCCGCCGACCACGCGCACGUCGCACGCAUGGGCGUGCGCCGCGGGGAUGCAGCGUGCUGGAGUACAUUAAACUGUAAUGCGCGAAUGGUUCAUUCCGUAACACAACCGACAUGGGUAACAAGCAAGGACGAAAGUCGGGAUUUGAUGGCGGUGUGGCCGGACGUUGUUCGCGAUCUCACGGACGUGACGAAGAGCUUCAAUAUUCCUGAUGUUACCAAAUGGAUGGCAAAGGUAUUGCAGUACAAUGUCCCGGGAGGAAAGAAAACUCGCGCUUUAGCGUUAGUUUAUGCUUAUAAGGUGUUGGCACCAAGUGACCAACUUACCGAAGAAAACAUUCGUCUAGUUCGAAUUUUAGCAUGGUGUAUGGAACUGAUGCAAGCCUAUUUCCUCAUAAUCGACGAUAUACAGGACCGAUCGUUGCUUCGCCGAGGCCAACCCUGUUGGUAUCGUUACAAUGACAUAGGUCUAGCGGCAGUCAACGAUGGUUUAAUGUUAGAGAGCGCUCUGUUUUAUCUAAUUCGAAAGCACUUCAAAGGGAAAGACUGCUAUGUCAAUCUACUAGAAACAUUCCAGGACAUCACGUUCAAGACAAUAAUGGGCCAAAGUCUAGAUAUGCUCUCUACCAACUUCGGCAAGAAGCCAAAUCUGGAUCUGUUUACGAUGAAUCGGUACAAUUCUAUUGUCGAGUAUAAAACAGCGCAUUACUCAUUUCUUUUGCCAAUAACCGCGGCAAUGCAGUUAGCUGGAAUAAAAGACCCAGAGAUGUUCAGGCAAGCAAAAACCAUCUUGUUAGAGAUGGGACAUUUAUACCAAGUUCAAGACGACUAUUUGGCUUGCUUUGGGGAUGCCGAGGCUUGUGGCAAAGAUAAUACUGAUAUAGAGGAAGGGAAAUGUACGUGGCUGGUUGUCGUAGCUCUUCAACGCGCCACUCCGGAGCAGCGUAAAAUUUUAGAGGAAUGUUACGGAUUUUCCGAUCCGGAGAAAGUGAACCGUGUGAAACAGCUCUACACUGAUCUGGGUUUGCCGAACACUUAUUCUAUAUACGAGGAAGAGACAUAUAAUCUAUUAAAUGUACAUAUACAGCAGAUAUCACGAGGGCUUCCACAUGGUCUUUUCUUGAAUUUACUAGGGAAACUCUAUCACAGAGCGUCAUAAAACAGUUGUGUACAUUAAAAAAAGAGACAAAAUGUAUUAAACUUUAUGUGUUAAACGUUAAAUAUACUUUCGCAUUAAAUUUAGAGCAUAGGAUAAGAUAAAAUGAGAAGUGUUCUGCCAAUGUCCGAGAAGUAUUGCGAAAUGUUACUUCAGAGUGAAAAA